AUGCAAGCUCUUGAACGAUUUGGACGAACCGCAACUCCUUCAAAUAUACGUCAAUCAUAUAAUUUAUCAUACAAAAUUAUUCUGCAAAUCUGUUUUAUAUUUAUUUUAUAUUAAUUCUCGCACGAUAAAUACCAGAUUAUUGUGUUCGUUUGACUGUAGUAGGUAUCCCUAUUAAUAAAGAUUUUCAGAAUUCGUCAUUGCUAAAUUGCAGGAUAGCCCAGGCGAAAAGUGCUAGCGACCACUUACAAGAAUAUUCUGUGUUUGUGUCUAUUUUAUUCUUUCUUAUUCUUUCUUUGUAUCUCUUUUGCUGGACACAAAAUCUGUUCUUAGUUAAUCUACUAUUAUUCUUUAAAUGUUUUUGGUUUCAGGGGCACUAAACUUCAUGGUACCUAACCUUAAAUCAUGGAUUUCCACAUUUAGAACGUCAAAAUUUCUUACGCUGAAGCUGCUCAACAAUCACAAUUCCAUACACGAGAACAAGCAGUCAUAUUAUUAGACUCGAUCGAAGAUAUUUCGAUUUAAGAAUUCAAAUGAAAUUGACAACUUAUCGGCCUAUUAAAUAUUUAUAUUCUGAUUUAUAUCCAGAAUUUUUCAAGGCCGAAUUUGUUUAUACCAGGAUAGCAAGGCACAAGGCUGA